AAAGACCGACUACAGCUAAACCAGAAGCACAGCAGCAGUAGCAAGAGCAGAGCAGGAGCAGCUGGUAUUCCGGUGAUUAAAUAGUUCCCAUAGCCUUUUUGCUGUACUCGGUCCGCUCCCUGGUGUAAUUCUCGUGUCCAAGAAGGAAGCUGCAUUUUAACGGUGUGCUGAACAGAGGUUUGAAUCAUUCCAGCUGGCUGCUUGUUUUGAAAAGGACAAUGUGUGUAUAAAUAAAAAGAGACUCUGCUGGAAGAGUUCAGAUACUAGGACUGGAGCUAAAGAGUGCUCUCGGAAUAUUAAGGCAGAUUGUAUGAACUGAAAGCUCCUUCUAAUUAACCUGCAGGCAAGUGAAUCUGAAUACUGGAUAUCCAUUUUAUAACUCGGGAUAGACUCAAGUUAGAAAAAGAAAAAAAAAUUGAAAUGCUUCUCUAGAUAAUGUUUAAAGGACUCUACAGCAAUCUUUGGUUUUGGACAUACUCAAAAUCUCUUCAGCUUUCACUCUCCUGGUCCAUUGUCCCCCAGCUUUAACUUGCAAUCCCAUCAAACAUUUUACAUGGUUUGCAAUGGUUACAUGAAUUUUUGGGAAGUGGCAUUUGUACCAUCUCAUACUUUAUUCACAAUGGCACUUUAGGAAAAGAACUCGGAAAAGACUUCCAAAGCAGUAUUUUAAAAAAUGAAUCUUAUUGUGAAGCUUCGGAGAAGUUUUCGAACCUUGAUUGUUCUCUUAGCUACCUUUUGCUUGGUGAGCAUUGUCAUUUCCGCCUAUUUUCUCUACUCUGGCUAUAAACAGGAAAUGACACUUAUUGAAACCACUGCAGAAGCAGAAUGCACUGAUGUUAAAAUCCUACCCUAUCGGUCAAUGGAGCUGAAGACAGUUAAACCUAUUGACACAUCCAAAACUGAUCCUGUUGUCCUCCUGUUUGUGGAGAGCCAGUACUCUCAACUCGGUCAAGAUAUCAUCGCUAUCUUGGAGUCCAGCCGAUUCCAGUAUCACAUGGUCAUUGCCCCUGGCAAAGGAGACAUACCUCCUCUUACAGAUAAUGGCCAAGGGAAAUAUAUUUUAGUGAUUUAUGAAAAUAUUCUGAAGUACAUCAGCAUGGACUCAUGGAAUCGAGAGCUUUUAGAAAAAUACUGUGUGGAAUACAGUGUUAGUAUAAUUGGUUUUCAUAAAGCCAAUGAAAACAGCUCACCAAGUACACAAUUAAAAGGUUUUCCAUUAAAUCUUUUCAAUAAUCUAGCUCUAAAGGACUGUUUCGUCAACCCUCAGUCUCCUUUGCUGCAUAUUACCAAAGCGCCCAAGGUUGAGAAAGGCCCUCUUCCUGGGGAAGACUGGACAAUUUUCCAAUAUAAUCAUUCAACCUACCAACCUGUGCUUUUAACUGAAUUACAGACAGAAAAAUCCCUUUCAUCCUUGUCUAGCAAACCACUCUAUGCGACAGUGAUUCAGGACCUGGGGCUCCAUGAUGGAAUUCAGCGAGUUCUUUUCGGCAACAACUUAAACUUUUGGCUGCACAGGCUCAUCUUCAUAGAUGCCAUCUCUUUCCUGUCAGGGAAGAGGCUGAUGUUGUCUUUGGACAGGUACAUCCUUGUGGACAUUGAUGAUAUCUUUGUUGGCAAAGAAGGAACAAGGAUGAAUGUCAAAGAUGUAAAGGCAUUACUAGAGACUCAAAAUUUACUGCGCACUCAGGUUGCAAAUUUUACCUUCAACCUUGGAUUUUCAGGGAAGUUUUACCACACAGGGACUGAAGAGGAGGAUGCAGGAGAUGACCUUUUGCUUCGGUCUGUGGAUGAGUUCUGGUGGUUUCCUCACAUGUGGAGCCACAUGCAGCCCCACCUCUUUCACAAUGAGUCAUCUUUAGUUGAGCAGAUGAUUCUCAACAAGGAAUUUGCACUGGAACAUGGAAUACCUAUCAACAUGGGCUAUGCUGUGGCGCCACAUCACUCAGGGGUCUAUCCAGUUCAUAUUCAGCUGUAUGCAGCUUGGAAGAAGGUCUGGGGUAUACAGGUCACCAGCACUGAAGAAUAUCCACAUUUGAAACCUGCACGAUACCGAAAGGGCUUCAUUCACAAUAGCAUUAUGGUCCUCCCUCGACAGACCUGCGGGUUGUUCACACACACUAUUUUCUACAAAGAGUAUCCAGGGGGCCCCCAGGAAUUGGAUAAAAGUAUCAGAGGAGGUGAACUUUUCCUCACAAUUCUUCUAAACCCAAUCAGCAUUUUCAUGACUCACUUGUCAAACUAUGGGAAUGACCGCCUAGGGUUGUAUACCUUUGUGAAUCUGGCCAACUUUGUGCAGAGCUGGACCAACCUGAAAUUGCAAACUCUGCCUCCAGUGCAACUAGCCCAUAAGUACUUUGAGCUCUUUCCUGAGCAAAAGGACCCUCUCUGGCAGAAUCCAUGUGAUGAUAAAAGACACAAAGACAUCUGGUCCAGAGAGAAAACUUGUGACCACUUACCAAAAUUCCUUGUAAUCGGGCCACAAAAAACAGGAACAACAGCACUUUAUUUAUUUCUUCUUAUGCACCCUUCCAUCAUCAGCAAUCUCCCCAGCCCCAAAACAUUUGAAGAAGUUCAGUUCUUCAAUGGCAACAACUACCACAAGGGAAUUGACUGGUAUAUGGACUUUUUCCCUACUCCAUCCAACAUUACAAGUGACUUUCUAUUUGAAAAGAGUGCUAAUUACUUCCAUUCAGAAGAAGCACCCAAACGAGCUGCAUCUCUGGUUCCCAAAGCCAAGAUCAUCACCAUCCUCAUUGACCCCUCAGACAGGGCAUACUCUUGGUACCAGCACCAACGAUCACAUGAAGAUCCAGCUGCCCUGAGGUUUAAUUUCUAUGAAGUUAUCACAACAGGACAUUGGGCCCCAGCUGACCUCAAAACUUUACAGAGGAGAUGCCUAGUGCCUGGAUGGUAUGCAGUCCACAUAGAAAGAUGGCUAACUUACUUUGCUACUUCUCAGUUGCUAAUUAUUGAUGGACAGCAGCUGAGAUCUGACCCAGCUACUGUGAUGGAUGAAGUCCAGAAGUUUCUGGGAGUUACACCUCAUUAUAAUUACUCUGAAGCACUAACUUUUGAUCCCCAAAAGGGCUUCUGGUGUCAACUGCUGGAAGGAGGAAAGACCAAAUGCCUUGGGAAAAGUAAAGGUCGAAAAUAUCCACCCAUGGAUCCAGAGUCUAGAACCUUCCUCUCUAAUUACUACCGAGAUCAUAAUGUGGAACUGUCCAAACUGCUGCAUAGACUGGGGCAGCCUCUACCAUCAUGGCUGAGACAGGAGCUGCAAAAAGUGAGAUAGCACCAGAGAGGAGAACCAAGGCCCUCAAGAUACUGACUUUUA